AUGACAUAUAGUUAUCCAACUUUCCUCUCAACGGUCCCUGCAUCAAUGACCGAAAACACUGUGCUGCUCUUGCGUCUUUGGCAUUUUAUUCGUAAUUAUGUUUCCAUCCGCAGAGAAGGCACGCUCGUAAGCAACGGAGAAUGCUGGAAUUUCCAGGUAGUCGCAACCUCAUGGGCAAGGCAAUAUAUUAUCGCUUACCUUCCACCACGUUAG